AUGAAAACCAAUGGAUCAUCUGCCAAGAGUCAGGAAAUCGGGUCAAAAAGAAAGUGGAAGAACCAACAUGAACAUACAGCGAAGCAGAUCGCAUGGCAUUCCUUUGGGUACCAAGGCCACUAUCCGCAACAGAGGCCUGCACGGGAUGGUGCUUCACUCACCCCCUUGCCAGGGAGGCAAAAUGAUUUCCAUGUUUCAGGAGAUCGAUUCUUUCUGACGUCCAGCCCAUACCAACAAGAUCUGGAAAGUAGGUACAUCCAGGACAAAAUGAACGGUGUAAUCACUUGUUUGGUCUGUGGCAGCCAAGGACAUUACAGUUCUGAGUGCCAUUUCAAGGACCAAGAGCACAAAAUCAUUUGCGCAGUCUGUAGCAAAAAUGGCCACUGUAGCAUGUGGUGUUGCCAGCAGAACAAGUUGGAGAAUCGCGCUUGCACCCGCUGUGGAGAGAUAGGGCAUACUACCAGUACACAUGGUCUCGGUUGCUCAAGCUGUGACGAGUAUCAUGACGAUGGAGAGUGCCGUUUAAGCCAAGUUAAAUGCUUUAUCUGUGAAUGUCAAGAUCAUUAUCUUGCUCAGUGCCCCUUGAAUUCAGUAUUGACUGAGGCAUUUCAGGGUCAGAGACGGAACUUACAAGCCGCUCUGCGGCUUGCACUAUCAAAACAACGCAACCCAUCAUCUACACCUGCCAAGUAUUACGCAAAAUCAGAAGGAGAAGUACUGACCGCCAACAAGUCUAGUCCAAUUUGCUUUACAUGCCGUGAAGAAGGUCACUAUGCCUGUAUGUGUCCGCAGAAGCUCGGAGCUAUAUCUGGCAACACGUCAAAAGAAUUAGAAGAGAGCAGCACUAUACCUACAUCCUCCAACAUGUCCAAAGUAUUGGAAGAACAGGGCCCUGGUACUGCUAAACAUUCAUCAGACAUGAAGUGGGUUGUUCGAUGUGUUAGCUGUGGUCAGGAAGGGCACAGGGCCAGGAGCUGUCCAACACGAGUGUUUAUAUGCUCCUUAUGCAAUGAAGAAGGCCACAAAGCCAAGAAAUGCCCUCAGAAGGGCCAGAAAUCAUCAGAAAUGAAGCGUAAAUCGAAUGUCCGAUGUGUAAGGUGUGGCUUGGAAGGGCACAGGCGCAAAACAUCAAUCAUAGACCGUCCGCAAGUCUAG